AUGGUGGCUCGAAAGAAAGGAGCGACUGAACUCGGAUACGAAGAUCCGGUCAUUGCCCAGGGAAAAUGGCGGUUGUUUUAUCCGAAGAUAAGAGAAGAAGACCCGCUCUACCUGGAUCCGCCCGUCAAAGAAAGUAUAAUGGGUCCGGCAGGAGUCGACACUUCUUUGAAGACGGAGUCGUAUUACCGUGAACGUCCAACAAAUAUGUCUAUGGAAGAAUGGCGAAAGCAGCUUUACUUUCAGACACCAACCAUACAACAUAUUUAUAAGCACUGGGACAUAUCCCCAGAACAUCCUGGUCUGAUAUUUCGCCCGUACAUUUACGGUCCUGAGGGUCCCGCUCGUGUUUUUAGCAACUGCUUCUGUUCGCCCGCGCAUAUUAGAAAUUAUCUAGCCUCGUAUCGCAUUUUUAACUGGUCGUUUUUCAACGGGGCCUUUGGUGAAAACUGUAUCGAGAAGACGGUGGCCAUUGCAAAGUCGGCAGCCCUGCUUUGGGCUCCGUUGUGUUUCUUUCAUUACGCAUUUGUGGACCCUCCAACGCUUCCACUUGAUUACAAGAAAUUCCUGAUGAAUUAUCCGAAAACUUUCGCUACACCAACCAUAAGUGCCGCUGUGUGGGCUGGUCUGUCAUGCGUUGUUUGCCGGUACCGAAAAAAGGACGACUGGAUUAAUAUGUUCAUCGGUGGAAUCGGCGCAGGUCUCAUCGUUUAUACCAAAUGUAAGUGCGUAGUCAGAAUAUGGUACGGUUUCAAGCGAGGGGUUUUUUACGGAGGUUUAGCCGCAUUUGGCAGUGCUGCGUGGCGAUGUCUUCUCGACUAUGAAGGCAGUGUUUUGGGUUACGUACCGAGAAAACAGUGCUUUUACGACGAAGACCCUCUAGCCUAUAAAUGGUGGACUAUGGAGACCAACAUUAAAAAUGUUCCCGCUGUUCGCGACUGGUAG